AUGAGGUUCCGACAAAGAAGAGCACCCCUGGGCCUUCUGCUCCUAUCCUCCCUCGCCGCGACCAGCGCCCUAGCUUCGUCCUUGGAAUCCGUGCCUCUCAACCCAGCCACGGGAUCGUCAUCAAAAAUAGGAACCAAAGAUGCGCCUGUGGACGGCAAGGAUGGCAGACCUCACGAAGGUCCCUUCGUCGAGGUCGAGCACCUGACCUCCGGCAGUGAUCUCAAGAAGUUGCCGCCUCUCGAAGGCCGGCCCGCCGACCCUACCAUCAUUGAUGGUGUCAAGAUACCACAGACCAAUGACGGCGUUAUGAACGAUCCGGAUCGGCACCAGGCUAAAGAGGGAACCACGGGCACGUCCGGCGGCGUAAGUGAGAAGGACCAGGUGCGCAAGGCGAAGGAGGGCGCAACUGGGGAGAAGGCCGAGAACAAGCCAGAGUCCCCGAAGGAGGCGCCUCCCCUGCCUCACAGUGAGCAGGAGAAGAUACUGAGCAAAGAGGAUGGCACCAAGGACAAGAGCAAGCCGGAUGGCAAGACAGAGGACAUCUCCGGCCUUGAGAAACCCUCAGACCUCCCUGGCAAAACCUCCGAACAAGCCCUUCCCUUACCUGACUCUGCGAACAAGAACCACCUCGAUGUUUCUCCGUCAACCGGCAAGUCCUCGAGCAAGCUGCCCAUCGAAGACCCCGACGGCAUAAUCCAGCCGCUCCAUUCCUUCCUCCUCUCCUACACCAUGAUCCUCGUUUCCGAGAUAGGCGACAAGACUUUCCUCGUGGCCGCGCUCAUGGCCAUGAAGCAUGACCGCCUCGUGGUCUUCUCCGCUGCAUUCAGCGCGCUCAUUACUAUGACCAUUCUGUCCGCCGUGCUGGGUCACGCCGUACCCACGCUCAUCCCUAAGAAGGUGACCAACUUCCUGGCCGCCGGGCUGUUCCUGGUGUUCGGCGCGCGCAUGCUGAAGGAGGGCUUGGCCAUGAGCCCGGACGAGGGUGUUUCUGCUGAGAUGGCAGAGGUCGAGCUCGAACUCGAGGAGAAGGAGACUCUCGCGCGCAAGGCCGGCCGGAGGCGGUCGUCCAUAUCACCCUACGCGCUUGAGAUGGGCUUGAACAGGACGCACACGCGCAAGUCCCGCUCCCAGUCAAGAUUUCCCACGCCGCCACGCAGCCCGUCCGCCUCCCCCGAGAGAAGCCUCAGCCCCAGGAGAGGCGCCUUCGGGGCCGCCUUUGACGGCGCGAGCAACCUCUUCUCUCUGCUUCUGAGCCCCGCGUGGGUGCAAACGUUUGUCAUGACUUUCUUGGGCGAGUGGGGCGACCGCAGCCAGAUCGCGACUAUCGCGAUGGCGGCUGGUCAGGAUUACUGGUGGGUGACGCUGGGCGCUGUGUUGGGUCACGCGUGCUGUACCGGUGUCGCCGUCAUUGGUGGCCGUGCCAUAGCUGGCAAGGUCUCGCUCAGAGUCGUCACCGUGGGAGGCGCUGUGGCAUUUUUGAUAUUCGGUGUCAUUUACCUAGUGGAAGCUCUGUGGGCCUAG